AUGGCUCCACCAAUGAAGACUGGUAGACGCAACCUCUCCUACACCUUCCUGGAACCGAAUCUGGAUUCCCUUGGGUGUUUAGCAAAGAAGAUUACGCCAGAUGAGUCAACUGAGUUCCGAAAGAGAUAUGGGUACAUUCUGAGCCUUCUCAAGAUGCCGUUCACCAAGUAUGAGCAAGAGGGAGUUCACACUUUGCUUCAGUUCUAUAAUCCUUCCCUUCGAUGCUUCACAUUCACCGACUACCUUUUGGUUCCAACACUGGAAGAGUACUCCCUAUUUCUUGGCGUCCCUAUAAAGAAUGAAGUACCAUACUAUAACACCAUGAAAGCUCCUGAUUCCAUUGAAAUUGCUAAGGCUCUUUAUUUGAGCAAGUCGGUCGUGGAAGCAAAUCUCACCAAGAAGGGAGGAGGUCUUGGUUUCCGCAUGGAGUUCCUGGUUAAGAGGGGGUGUGAUGCUGCUGAAGCGAAAGAGUGGGACACAUUUAGAGCUAUACUGGCUCUAAGUAUCUAUGGUAUCAUGAUGUUCUCGGACGUGCCUGAUUUUGUUGAUAUGAAUGCCAUUCACCUGUUCAUUCUGCAGAAUCCUGUUCCUACACUUCUGGGGGAUGUUUAUCAUUCCAUUCAUCACAGGAAUAGUCAAAAGGGAGGUUUAGUUAGAUGCUGUGCUCCGCUGCUAUACCGUUGGUUCAGAUCACAUUUGCCUGAACGUGGAGCCUUCGUUGAUAAUAGGCACACAUCUAAAUGGGCUGAGAGGAUUAUGGGGCUUAGAGCCAAAGACAUUGUCUGCUACAAUAGAUCUUUGGAGGAUAUGGAAGUUAUUAUGAGUUGCGGAAAGUUCAAAAAUGUACCUCUCAUAGGUCUUAGAGGUGGGAUCAACUAUAAUCCUGUCCUGGCUAGGAGAACAUACGAAUAUGCUUUUAUUAGUCCUCCAGAGCAAACAGAGAUUGCUGAGAAUAUUUUCUAUCAUUCAGCCACCAACAUUGGACAAAUGGCAGAAGCUGUGCAAGCCUGGAAGAGCAUUUGUUGGAGAGAUAAGAAGCAUUUUGGUCAGAGAGACUGUGCAACUUAUGAAGACUAUACUGAGUGGGUCAAAACUGUGGCUAAUACCCAAGGGAUGCCUUUCCCUCCUAAGGAUCCAUUGUAUCUUCCUGCUGGUGUACAACCCGACAUUGGUUGA